GGUUCAGGCGAGACUGCCAUUUUACACAGGGGCUGCUAGCUAAAUCUCCAAAGUGACAGACAACAACUAAUUCACCUAUGUAGUCGUCGGCUUGUUUACAAAAGUACAGCGUAAAUAACGUUGUGUUGUGAGCAAACAUCCUAAACGACAUUUUGUCUUAAGCACAAGUCCAAUUAACAGUGGCGUAAAAAACACGGUAGAAGUAGUGCAAGGCCCUGGAUGGAUAGCCUGGACCCUGAAACCCUGUAUGUGUCUCCGGAGCAGACUGGACAGCCCACACUCCCCCUCCCUAACUCGGAAGUCUCCAACUUGGCACUAGGGGGUGGGAAGAAGAUGAAUGGAUCUUUGGACCACCCCGACCAACCAGAUGUUGAUGCCAUUAAGAUGUUUGUGGGACAGAUCCCGCGGUCCUGGUCUGAGGAGCAGCUUCGUGAGCUAUUUGAACCUUACGGAGCAGUCUAUGAGAUUAAUGUUCUCCGAGACCGCAGCCAGAAUCCACCACAGAGCAAAGGCUGCUGUUUUAUAACGUACUAUACUCGCAAAUCAGCCCUCGAAGCACAGAAUGCUCUGCACAACAUGAAGAUUCUUCCAGGGAUGCACCAUCCAAUCCAGAUGAAGCCAGCUGACAGUGAGAAAAACAAUGCAGUGGAAGACAGGAAGCUGUUUAUUGGAAUGAUCUCCAAGAAAUGUAACGAGAACGACAUCCGACUGAUGUUCUCACCGUACGGACAGAUAGAGGAGUGUCGGAUACUCAGAGGCCCUGACGGACUCAGUCGUGGUUGUGCAUUUGUGACAUUCACAGCUAGACAAAUGGCCCAGUCAGCCAUCAAGUCCAUGCACCAGUCCCAGACCAUGGAGGGCUGUUCAUCGCCCAUCGUGGUGAAGUUUGCAGACACUCAGAAGGACAAGGAGCAGAAGCGCAUGGCCCAACAGCUGCAGCAGCAGAUGCAACAACUCAGUGCUGCUUCCAUGUGGGGAAAUCUAACUGGGCUCAACAGCCUGGGGCCACAGUACCUAGCACUCUACUUACAGUUGCUGCAGCAGUCAGCCUCAACGGGGAAUGCACUCAACAACCUGCACCCUGUUUCAGGUCUUAAUGCCAUGCAGAACCUGGCUGCUUUAGCAGCAGCAGCAACUGCCACACAGGCCACAGCCACAGGCUCCAGCGCCAUGACAACAUCUAGUAGCCCACUAAGUGCACUAACAAGCUCAGGCUCCUCCCCCACUUCCAGCAGCAACUCAUCAGUGAACCCCAUGGCUUCUUUGGGGGCUCUGCAGUCUCUGGCUGCUGGUUCUGGAGCUGGCCUCAACAUGGGCUCCCUGGCAGGCAUGGCAGCACUGAAUGGCAGCCUGGGUUCUGGAGGCCUGUCUAAUGGCUCAGGAAACACCAUGGAGGCACUGAGCCAGGCCUACUCGGGCAUCCAGCAGUACGCCGCUGCUGCCCUCCCUAGCCUGUACAACCAGAGCCUGCUGUCCCAGCAGAGUGUCUCAGCAGCAGGCAGCCAAAAGGAAGCCAGCGACAGUCGCAGCACCGGUCCAGAGGGUGCCAACCUGUUCAUUUACCACCUGCCCCAGGAGUUUGGAGACCAGGACCUGCUCCAGAUGUUUAUGCCCUUUGGAAAUGUCAUCUCUGCUAAAGUCUUCAUUGACAAACAGACAAAUCUCAGCAAGUGUUUUGGCUUUGUGAGCUAUGACAACCCCGUGUCAUCACAGGCAGCCAUCCAAUCGAUGAAUGGCUUCCAGAUCGGUAUGAAGAGGCUGAAGGUGCAGCUGAAGCGCUCAAAGAAUGACAGCAAGCCCUACUGAAGGUGCUGAGGCACUGCAGACUUAGUUAGGCAGGGUGGUGUUAUGGUAAGUGGAGUAUGAAUAAGCAACUAAGACUGGUCCACUCAGAAACUUGUCUGUGCAUUACAGGGUGAUGUCUGCUGUGCUGCCUCUCCUGGUCAUUAUAACAUGUCCAGGCAAAGAGACACGCGAAGCUACAUGCAAGAUUUUUCAGGCUAGACUGGAUUCUUCCUGUGUUAUGUUGUGGUUUAUGCACUUUGUUUUCCUUGUUUUCCUUUUAACAAAUAUGAGAAACAGGUGUAUUUUCAUUUAAGUUGAAAUGUUAUCAGUUUGCUGUGGUACAUAAUACACAUAUGAGUUGAUUGUUAGGAUGUGUUGCACAUUGACAGUCAGGUGCCAAAUCCAUCUGUUUUUACUUCCUGUUCCCCUUCCCCCGCAUAAAGCUCCUGAGAACAGGCAGCAGCUGGGAAAGACAGAGCUACCUUUGAUUAGGAAACAGAAAUCUUUACUAGGUUUUCUAUUACAUUUUCACAAGCCAAAUCGUGUGGUUUUCGCUGCUUAUGUAUUAAGUAUCUGUAUUAUCUCUUUAAAUUAAAUUUAAAAUAUAUGUGAUUUUGCAUAUGGAAAGUUUUCAGACCCUUAUAAGAUUUCCACAUUUUGUUAUGUUUCAAAGUCAUCUUAAAAUUAAUUAAAUAAGUUUUUUUCCUCAUCACUGUUCACAAUGAAAAAGCAAAAACAGGUUGUGGGAGUGUUUGUACAUUUAUUAAAAAUAAAAGACUGAAAUAUCCCAUUUAGAUAAGUAUUCAGACCCUUCACUUGGUACUUCUUCAUAGAAAUGAUCCUACAACCUUGGCACACGUUUGUUUUGGAACUUUCUACUUCUCUUCUUGGCAUGGAUGGUCUUGGUUGGAUGGGGAGUGUCUGUGCAUGGCCAUUUACAGAUCUCUCCAGAGAUGCUCUGUUGGGCUCAGGUCUGGAUGCUGGCUGGGCCACUCCAGGACUGUGUUUUCUUGGCGGUAUGCUUUGGUGGUUGUCUUGUGUUGAGAUGUAACCCUGAGAUACUGACCACAACGGAGCUCUGGAUCUCACUCAUAGUGACCAUGGGGUUCUUGGUUACCUGUCUGACCAAGGCCCUUUGUUCUCGAUUGCUUAUUUUGGCUAGGCAGGCAGUUCUUUGAAAGACUGUUCUUCGCUUCAAACUUCUUCCAUUUGAGAAUGAAGGAGGCUACCGUGCUCUUGGGCACUUUCAGUGCUGCAGACAUUUUCUUGUAUCCCUCCCCACAUCUGUGCCUUGACACAAUCUUGUCUUGCAGGUUCGCAGACCUCAUGGCUUGCUUUUCACUCUGACAAACAGUUGGAGACCUAAUAUAGACAGGUGUGUGCCUUUCCUAUAACCUACUGCCCCAUGUGGUUUGUUACACAGAACCAUUUGGGAAGUUGUCAUUGAAACUGUUUGGAAAAGGCAAGUGAUUGGCAAACUUCGACAAAUGAAAUCAGUGACCCAUAGAACAUAGUCAAACUCUUACUGAAGCCAGUCGAGAAAAGAUGAAAACAUAUUUUCUAAUGAGAGUGCUGUUCUUUCAGUUGCUCUUGUUUCACUGAAGAAAUCCUCUCCAGUUCUGAUAGAACUGAUGCUAGCAGCAUCUACGCCAUUGUUGUUUUCAAGCAGAACAGUCACUUCUCACACACUGUCACAUACAGCUAGUAUUAAACCCAUGUCUAUGGUUAAACCAUACCCGUAGCUCAUGCCAUAGCUGCCAGCAGUUACUCCGAACCACCAUGGUUUGGACACAAGUGUAUAGCUUGAAGCCUGGAUUCUCGCGUGAUCUUGUGAUUUUGUGUCCAGCUGCUGAGCCAGCUUACCUUUCUUAUGUCCAAUGAAUUCAAUUAGGUACAUGUGUACUCUGAUCAAGUUGUAGAAGCACCUCAAGGACUAAAAACUAAAUUGCGAGUGUCAUAACAAAUGGUCUGAAUACUUAUGGGAUAUUGGGAUAUGUCUUUUAUUUUUAAUAGAUUAACAAAACUCGUUUGCCUCGUCAUGGUGGAGUAUUGUAUAAUGAAUCCGUUUUAAGAUGAGUCGGAAACAUGACAAAAUGUGGAAAACUUGAAAGUGUCUGAAAACUCUGUGUAUGCACUGUAAAUUAGUCGUAAGGCUUAAGGUCAGGUACAGAAGCUUAGAUUGUUUAUGAGGAGCUGCACCAAAACAUGCAGAUUGCAUUUAGACAUUUUCUCUCUGUUAACUGUUCUCCUCGGAGCUCUGUGGUGUAACAGAACUGCCACCUGUUCUAUCUAAAGACGACACAUUGACGCUUGCUCGUAUCUGGCUUACACUUAUCAAACGGCCUCAGGUGGAUGGCGACACAGUUGCGUAUGGGUUAUGUUUUAAACAAACGCUCGCUGGAAUUGAUUUCUGUAUGACAUGGAUAUUUGCAUGCUUUAUCUGGAGGUUAGUGAGACACAUUUCUAAUGCAGUUGAAUUUGCAUGUAGUGAAGUAGUCGUGUAGUGUAGACUUUUCCAGAAGACUACACGCUGCAUGUUUUGGUGGCGCUCCUCCUGUGCUUCUGAGUGACCGGUUGGGCUGAUGUGGCUUUGAAGACCCAACUGUCAGCUGUUGCUAGCAAUACUGUGAAAUUUGGCAAUAAAAUCAAACAUCAUAGGCUCGUUCCACUAAUCUUAAUAUCUAAGAGUCUGUCUAAUGCAGAUGUAAUGCUUUGUAUGAAGACAUUUUAUGGUUUUGGUUAGUUUCUACCUUUUGAAUCCACGUGUUUUGUAAAAAGAAAAAUCAUCAACAUCCCUCAGCUACUGUCCUGCUAGCUUACGGCUAGCUAAUCUAUAGAGGGCUACACCACUAUGUCUCUCACUGAAUAUCUUCUGUGAUUGGAGAAUUCAUAUAAAUGUCAAAUUGCUCAAGACAAACCUGUUAGUUGCUUAAACUUGCAAGAAUGUUUUUUGUUUUUUGUUUUUUAAUAGAACUAGGAAGCGAGACAAUUGUUGAGAUGUAUAUUUAAACUAUUAUGCCUUUUCUAUUUUUAUAUAGGUUUUAUACUUCCCCUGUGUGUUGGGGAACUAUUUAUUUCCUAAAUUAUUUAUCUGAAUUGAAAUUAUUUUGAAAAACAAAUGUAAAAGUCCAACAACUCCAUUUGAUCUCCUGGUGUGUGUCCUCUCCUUGCCUGUUGAGCAUCGGUUCCUUUCGGUGACAUGUGCUACGUGUCAUGUGGCAUGGACUUGUGUGUGUAGGAUCGGUGCUGCUACAGACUUCAUAGAAUCCCCCCUCUCUGUUUAUACAUGCCUUCAUCUGAAUAAAUCACUAAUUUUCCAAAAACACAGGGAGACAUAGUUUAUUCUAAAAGUCCAUUUCAACAUGUGCCUGUUGGUCCUGUCUUUCAAUUUGAAUAUUUGAAUCAAUAGUCAUCACACCAGGUGAAGUCCUGGGUGUAUUUCUAGAAGUAGAACAAGUUUUAAAACUGAUUCCAGGUCCAGUCCAAAGAUUGAGUCAGAGUAAAACUGUAUGUGAUAUCAGAGAGUCUCACUGCUACAGGGUUAUUCAUGUCAAAGCAGCUGAAGGUCACCAUGUUCUAUGUAAUAUUGUCCCAUUUACUUAAUGUUAUGUUGGCACUGGAAGUUUCUUGGUAUAUCAGAGCAUUAAUGCUAUUGCACAAAAAUCACGAUUAUGUAUCAGGGACUUUGUACUGAUCCAGCUGUGUUGUGAGAUAAGACCACUGCAUGUGUCUUUUAAGUGUUGUUUAAUAGUGGUUAGGGCACGGGUGAAUGUAAAUCAUUCAUCACAUGAACUGGACUACUGAAAAACUACUGCAGCCAGGAUAUACCGUUAGUCACUAACAGAGUGUUACUUUGAUACAUUUACAUUAAAUUGGUGAUUUGUAGGUCUGUUACGUGCUGAAGUGAAAUAUUACAACAGGUACUAUAAACCCAUUACUACUGCUCUUUACACUGUCAGCCAUUUGAGUGCCACUUCCUGGUGGUACGUUUUAUAUCUUAAUGAGGAUCACCUAAAUUCACGUUCAGUCUCUAUGUGCUCAGAGCGUCUCAUCUUUAGAGGAACCUACCUCUUCAGGACGUUUCUUUCACUCACCUCAGAGGUCAGGAGUUGGCCAGUGACACAUCUUGUUACUUCUCUGUAGGCUGGCCCUUGUUUCAUUUUUACCCUGGCACACUGGCAGCAUGUCUUGAAUAGAAAGAGACACAUUUUAAAGGAUCUGGUCAUUGUUUGUUAGGCUGUGUACAUGGGAUUUGUUGACCAUACAUACACACACACACACACACACACAUACACACACACACACACACACACACACACACACACACACACAUAUGAAUAUCACCAGACUCAUCCUUUUAGAUUGUGGGUAAAAUAAAAACUGAAAAAUAAAGCAUCUCUGUGAUCCAAUAGCAGUUGAGCAAGCCUCUGUCUUUUUCCUUUCCUGUACUUAGAUAUGCUAUGUGCUAGGCUAGGUCUAUGUUGAAAAACCAAACACAUUUUGAGGAUGAUUAAGAAAAUAAAAAUGACAUAUAGUCACAUCUUAAGUUAACUACAACAAAACCCUAGCCAGCUAAUCUUUAUCAGUCUAUUCCAUCAGUUAGCUAGCUAAUUAGCUACUUACGUAGUGUUUUACUACAGACAUAAACUAGAAACACUAGCUUACAAGCUAGCUAAUCUACAUGAAAAGUUACAUCUUAUAGCUAAAACUUGUAAAACAAGCUAGUGAAGCUAAUUAGCUAGUCUGCUAGCGCUUUGCUAUUGUUGGCUAACUUCAGAUGUGACUAUAGCUAUACUGGAAAUCUUUUAACCAUCUUCAGAAUGUCUUUGAGGUCAAGUUGAAUGUAUUUUCAAGGUGAACGAGGCUAGCUCGUAGCAUAACUCGGUACAGGAAAGGAGAAGGUUGACCGAGGUUCCAAAAGGGGCGGGGCUUAGGAAGGGUCCACUUUCAUGGGAUAUGGACAGACCAGCCAUUUGUAAACGGAAGUACAAACGACAAAUCAUGUAUACUUUACAUUUUUACCAACCAUUUUUAAAUGCAUGCUGGGUAGGUCCAGGCGCAAUUUACCUCCUGUUCCAGGAAGCCAUUAGUUUCCAUUAAUUUCUUUAUGGCAUGAAAAUCAAAUGGCAAACUAUAGAAACCAUCUGAGUGAACAGCAAGUCUGCAUUAAUCUUUGUCAGAAGUGCACUUUUGUUGUGGACUAAAACAAUGCAGACUCAAAUCUGCAACAAAACUGCAUCACUAAGCUACGGUAAUGUAAACGUCAGCUGAUGUUGGCAGCGAGGGAUUGCACAGCUCGCACAAUUUCAAAAGUCUGCUAAUAGAUUUUCAUAUCUAUCAUUCACAGAAAUGAAUGGCAAAUAGAAGUGCCUGACAUGGCAGCAAAAUGACAUCCAGAAAUCUAAAACACAGCACAGUGCUCUGAUGUUAGGUAUUAUAUAGUAAAUGAGAUAAAACAUGCACAACUACUGUAGUCUGUUUCUUAAAAUAAUUUCUCAACUCAUUAGCUUGCAGUAGCUUGUAGUAAGAAAUGUGAUUUAUUUAAUUGAAUUAUUUAAUUGCAUCAUUUAAAUACCAGUCAGCCAUUUCUAAAAACUGAUUUUAACAGAUCUUAUAAAUAGUCAUUAUUGCCGUGGUGCUCUCCAGCCUUCCCAUGUGACUAGCUGUGUUUAGAUUUAGGACUCUGGAGGCCUGUGUGACCUGGCAUUUUUAUUUAGUCCGUCUCAUGUGUGUGUUGCUGCUGUUGUCAUCCACCUCAGUUUGUGGUAGCAUGUGGCUUGUCCUUACUGUCCCCGACACUGACUGUUGAGUGUUUAGACUGUAAUCAACCCCACACACAGAUGAUCAUUCUUGGUUUCUUUUUUCUCUCUCCUGUCUGUGUUCCAUUGCUGUUUAACCUAGGUUUGUCUCCCUGUUGUGUUUUUCUUUUUGUUUUCUCUAGAUCUCUUCCUGUUUGCCCUAGCAUGUUGAUGUGGCGUCACAGUUCAUCGUCCAGUCCUUGUCUUCUGCGCUUCUCUGAUGCUUCCAAAUUCACCUUUGACCUUGUGUUUGACAUUGAUUACUAGGAGGUUUUGUUUUCCCAUAUGUCCUCUGUGCUGCCAACAGGGGCACUAGAAAGACUGCCACCGGACAUGUUUAAAAGUCACAUCAGAAUUAUUACGAGCAAAAAAAAAUAAAAGAGAAUCUAUUUUUCUAGAACUGACUGACAUAGACAACCACUAGAUUUUUUGCUAAAUCAGCUUGAGUCUGACCUUUAACUUUGUUUUUAUCGCCUGUGUUGUGCGGCGCAGUCCUCCCAGUGCCUCUCACCCUCCGGUUUUGUUGUGUUCUCUCGUGUGAAAGCAGCUAAUCUGUCUCUGUGUGUGAGUGUUGGCGUGUGUCUCCUGAGAUAGAAAAACUUUUCAAGCAAGUUAGCGAUCAUGUGUUGUUGGACAUUUUGUAAUUUAAUUCUAGGCUAGCUAAUGAGGGAUCAUCCUCUGGGAGUUCCCAUUUGAGUGAUGUUAUGAGGAGGUAACAUUUAUUGUCAGUGUAAGAAAAAAAAAUCAGUUUUUACUUUCAAGCCUGUGGGCUCACCUCCGCAAGCACACGAUGCUGUUCUGCUCUUUUUGUGUGGAGAAUCAGACACAAAGACUUUUGUCACAGUAUAUUUAGUAUGCAUGUUUUUUUUUUUUAUAUCUGCACUGAAAUUCUUGGCAAAAUGUGAUCUAGUUUGUGUUAAGUUAAAAAUGAUGAAUAAACUGGUGCCAAAUGUUUUGCACAAUCAGUAUUUCCCCCUUUUUUUUUUAUUGGACUUGCUGGCUUUACUGGUCAGACUGGUUGUAGAGGCAGGGGUUUGCUGGUGUGGUUCUACUGAAGAACUGACUCAGGCUUGAUGACAAGGUGACUGGUUGCCACAUUAAAUGAAGUUUGUGCAAAGCUAGAGUGCUCACAGGCUGAUAUCAAACACAGGUGUCCUACUCAUAAGCAGUGGUGUGUGCAUUCUUUGUGUUUGUGUGUAUUCACACUCAUUUACACUUCAGUCUGUGUGUUUACCAGACCGGUGGACCCGCCGCGUUGUGACUUGUACGGAGUGUAAUCUACCAUUCACCCAUGAUCUCAUGCUGCUUGAAUAAAACUUUUCCAGGUCUUGUAGUUUUCCACAGUUUCAUAGACACAAUCUGAAAUCUAACUAAAUCCAUAGGAGGGUUUUUUGAAGAGAACUGUGUAACUUGGUGCAGAUUAAAAGUCCAGUGUGUAGGAUUUAGCGGUGAAGUUGCAGAUUGCAACUCCCUCGCUCUGCGCAAACUAACUUGAAAAAUGAAAAGGCCCUUGUGUGCCCUAGUGUUUGGUUUGUCCCUUCUGGGCUACUGUAGAAACAUGGUGGUUCAACAUGAUGCCUUCCACCCUAGGCGACCCUGCAGCGUCUGCAGACAAAAAGGGAUUUCAAAAUUUGAAUAUGUAGGAAUCUGAGAUAAAUUGAGGUUUGUAAUUGGCUAACACUUUUGGUUGGAUUCUACCUCUAACUGAAUUUGUUUAUAACUUCUAACAAACACCUUACUUACCUUACUUGGAAGAAUGAAUAAAUCUAAAAGGUUAUGAAUCUAGGCAGACAUUUGUUGCACCUUUCAGAGCCAGGGACACAUUUUAGUUGAAACCAAAAACAGAGAAAAGGUUUGAUACCCAGUUUACUGCAAAUCAUAUCUAUAUGUCAUUACCACACAUGCUCUAAAGGGCACCAUCAGUCUUUUUCCAUACACUGAAAAACAAUGUGGAAACACUUGAAUGGUUUUGUGAGUUACACUGAUAUAGGACAAACAUAUUCUAAGUCAUUCAGACUUUACAGUUGCAUUGCAGCAUGUUCAGUAGUGGAUUGCCAAACUGAAGAUGUGGGAUGGCUCAACAUGCUGACUACAUGAUGUCUGGAAGGUGGUAAAACUACAGAGGCCUGGGAGGGACACAGGUAAAUGUUACAAACAAGGGAGGAAAAAAAAACUGCAUGCUCAGUUGAACUUUUGUCUUUUCCCAAGACAUAUUUUGCUGAUGUUCUUCCAGCGGCAGAGUCCUAGUCCAGACCAGUUCUUUAUCCUCACACAGUAAUGCAAUCAGUAGCGGUGCCUCAACUCCAACUGUACUGUACAUUACUUUUAAUAAUGCACAAAUCAUCUGUCCAGAUGCUCUCUCUGACCUGUACUUUCUCCUCACACUGAUCUUUACCUGUACUUGUGUCGGGAUGCCAUUAAUCCAAAAAUAAACUCUAUACACUUUUAA